UUCAUGUUGGCACUCAAAGAGUAAGAGACUUGAGGGUAGACAUUUUUGGCAGAGCAUCAAAAUGAAAAUGGCAUGUUUCUUGACCUUCUUUCUGCACACCUUCCUUGUCUACCAUGUUUUGGUCCAUCCGCUCACUCCUUGCUCAGCUCAGUUUGCCGUGCAUGGACCCCCUGGGCCCAUCCUGGCCAUGGUAGGUGAAGAUGCUGAUCUGCCCUGUCACCUGUCCCCAUCGAUGAAUGCAGAGACCAUGGAGCUAAGGUGGGUGAGUUCCAGCCUUAGGCAGGUAGUGAACAUGUAUGAAGAUGGAAAGGAAAUGGAAGACAAACUGAGCACAGAGUAUCGAGGGAGAACUUUGAUUCUACGAGAUGGCAUCACUGCAGGGAAGGCUGUUCUCCGAAUAUACAACGUCAGAGCCUCUGACAGUGGAAACUACCUGUGUUAUUUUCAAGAUGGCAACUUCUAUGAGAAAGCCCUGGUGGAGCUGAAGGUUGCAGCACUGGGUUCUGAUCUUCAUGUUGAAGUGAAGAGCUAUGAAGAUGAAGGAAUCCACCUGGAGUGCAAGUCCACAGGCUGGUACCCUCAGCCCCAAAUACAGUGGAGAGAUGCCAAAGGAGAGAACAUCCCGGCUGUGGCAGCACCUGUGGCUGUAGACAGAGUGGGCCUGUAUGCAGUAGUAUCGUCUGUGAUCAUGAGAGGCUCCGGAGAGGGAGUGUCCUGUACCAUCAGAAAUUCCCUCCUUGGCCAGGAAAAGACAGCCAGCAUUUCCAUCGCAGACUCUUUCUUCAGUAAUGCCCAGCAUUGGAUCAAGGCCCUGGCAGGGACUCUGCCCAUCUUGCUGCUGCUUCUCACAGGGGCUGGUUAUUUCUUGUGGAGACAACAGAAGGAAAACAAGAUUCUCUUGAGAAAGAAAAUGAGAGAGCAAGAAAUGAGAGAAAUGGCAUGGCGUACAAAGGAGAAUGAACAAAGUCUAAAAGAGAAGCUCCAAGAAGAACUCAAGUGGAGAAAAAUCCAGUACAUGACUCGUGGGGAGAAGUCUCAGGCCUAUGCUGAAUGGAAAGUGGCCCUGUUCCAAGCUGCGGAUGUGAUUCUGGAUCCAGACACAGCAAACCCCAUUCUUAUUGUCUCUGAGGACCGACGGAGUCUCCUGAGAGCAGAGGAAAGACAAGAUCUUCCAGAUGUCCCUGAGAGAUUUGACUGGCAUUACUGUGUGCUUGGUUAUGAGAGCUUCACUUCAGGGCGACAUUUCUGGGAGGUAGAGGUGGGGGACCGGAAAGAGUGGCAUAUCGGGGUGUGUAGUAAGAAUAUACAGAGAAAAGGUUGGGUCAAAAUGACAUCUGAGCAUGGAUUCUGGACUAUGGGGCUAUCUGAUGGGAAUAAGUACCGGGCUCUGACUGACCCCAGGACAAAACUGACUCUUGCUGAGCCCCCUAGGAGAGUGGGGGUCUUCCUGGACUAUGAGACUGGAGAGGUCUCAUUCUACAAUGCCAUGGAUGGAUCUCAUAUCUACACCUUCCUGCAUACCUCCUUCUCUGAGCCUCUGUUCCCUGUUUUCAGAAUUUUAACUUUAGAGCCCACUGCCCUAACCAUUUGUCCAGCAGCCAAAGAAGUGGGGAGAUUCCUUGUUCCCGACCUAGUUCCUCAUCCUUCCCAGGAGAACCCAAUGACCCCGGGUUUAGCAAAUGAAAAUGGGCAGCCUCAGGCUGAAGUAAUGUCUUUGCUUCUCCCUCCCCAGCCUGGAGUUGAGGGCCUUCCCCUCCAGAGCAACCAAUCACACAUAAAGCUACAUGCACACAAUGAAGCACUUUACUGGCAUUAAUUCAAUUAUUCCAUAAGAUGGUUCUUGGAAUUUGGUAUUACUUUAUUAUCCCCUUAAUACAGAUAUGAAAACUGAGGGGUAGAAAAUGAUCUAACUUCCAUAUUUGAAAUGACUAGUAAAGGACAGAACUGAGAACUAAACAAUAAUAGCUAACAUUUAAAAUGCAUUAGAUGCUGUGCUCAGUGUUUUAGGUGGAUUUCCCUCAUGUAAUCCUCAUGACACCCAUGGGAGUGUCCAUUUUGAUGCUGUGAAAGCUGAGACAGGACAACAUUAAGUAACUUCAUAACUCAUAUAGUAAGUUAACCAGCUGGGAAAGGUUCAUCCUCAGUUCCCAACCAUUUGUUCAUUCUUCUGUUCUAGCCUGAUUUUCCCCAAGAGAAGGCAACCCUGAUGUUCCCUUCCUAAGGCAGCUCCAUGGUAGGCAUCAUUGUAGGUGGUGGUGGAGGUGAUACUCCCUUGACUUCUUUCCAGUGGAUUAUCAGAGAUUUAGACCCAGCACUGCUUUGGAUUGACUUUUCAGGCUGUCUUGGUCCAGGAAAUAAUCUCAGUGUAUCUACAUCACCGAGGACUGACGAAGGGACUAGAAGUUAAACUCUUAGUGAUUGAUGUUUCUACCCUAUAAAUGUGAUAAGUGAUCAUGAAACCAGAACCCAUCUUCCCACAUUCAAGGUUUCCAGAAAGCAUUGCUAACACACUAAAAAUUGUCUGUGAAAUAAGAAAUUUGGAUGAAGGAUGCUAAAAGAACUAUGGGAAACCUUUUAAUCACACUAUAGAACUCAUCUCCAGGAAAGGGGUAUAUCCAUCCUGAUUAACAGUUGGUGUUACACCAAUAUCCCUAUCAACUGAUGCAUGCUAGAGGAAAACUCCUCCUCAUUAUCAUCACUACUAUUGUUCACUAUUGUAUUACCUCUACCUAGCAUGUGGUUGUCAAGUUAUACUUGUUAAUAAAUUUGUUCAUAAGCUGUC